CCUAUUAAUUUUUUUUUUUCUUUUUCGACCAAACUCUUUGGUACAAAUCCAUCCGUACAAGCUGAAAAAACAAACAAUAUGGGGUUGAGAGACAUUGGAGCAACGCUGCCUCCUGGGUUUAGGUUCUACCCCAGUGAUGAGGAGUUGGUCUGUCAUUAUCUUUACAAAAAGAUCUGCAAUGAGGAGGCUUUGAAGGGCACUUUGGUUGAAAUUGACUUGCAUAUUUGCGAGCCAUGGCAGCUUCCCGAGGUGGCAAAGCUCAACGCCAAUGAGUGGUACUUCUUCAGCUUCCGCGACCGCAAGUAUGCCACGGGAUACCGAACGAAUCGCGCGACGACAUCUGGUUACUGGAAAGCAACCGGAAAAGACCGUACGGUGAUCGACCAGGUAACAAAGGAAAUAGUAGGGAUGAGAAAGACUUUGGUGUUCUAUCGGAACAGAGCUCCUAAUGGCAUCAAAACUGGCUGGAUCAUGCAUGAGUUUCGCUUGGAGACCCCACAUAUGCCUCCUAAGGAGGACUGGGUAUUAUGUAGAGUGUUUCAAAAAAGCAAGGGAUCAGAGAACAGCAACGAAGAGUACUACAGCCCACAAUUGCUUUUGAUGGAUCAGAACAACACGUCAUGUGCUCCUCCAUAUUCCAUAAAUCUAACGUCUGCGUCGUCUCCUCCAACUGAUCACCAAACGACAAUGCCUAAUUCAUGCGGCGGGUGCGACCAACAAAUCAUGACCUCAUUUUCCUCAACCCCAACUCAUCACAACCAUGGAACCACAUCUUUCCUUAAUCGCCUUCACAACUUUUCCCACGACCAGAAAGGAGCCUCCAAUUAUAACCCGAUAAUCAUGGCAACUAGCGCUAAUAAUCAUCAUGAUAAUAGUAAUAUUAAUAUUAAUAGUACUACUAGCCCCAGAAACAGUUCCGACGUCGAUUAUGGAUUCCUAUGGGACACAAACUUCGAUGAAAAUAUCAGCUCAGAAAACAAUACUAAUAAUCACGGCGGGAUGUUGUCUAAUUCGAAUUUCGACGAAAUGAGGUUCGAGAUUGAUAACAGCAUGGUUUUCCUCUGAAAGUAUAUAUAUACACACCAAAAACAGUACAAUACCGGAUUUGUUUAUUUGCAGUUAUCUUUUAUAGUAUUUUUCGUUUUAGGGGUAAAAACUUGUACGUUAUGAAGCUUGAUUGGAAAUUGUUUUAGAAUGUAUUAUUGUGCUUAGCUUAUUAUG